AUGCAUUCAAUUCAACUCUCAGAAGAUCAACAAAAAACCGUCGACGCAGCUGUAAGUGGCCACAGUUUGUGUAUAUUUGGUCGUGCUGGAGUUGGAAAAACCACAGUAGUUCAAAUAAUAAAGCAAGUCCUCUCUUCAAAAGGUAUUGACUGUUAAAUAGUUUGUCCAAGUGUUGUUUCCUGUGAUGCCUAUGGCGUUGCUGACGGCGCGAAGCGCCGUGUGAGGGUACUAAUCCCCCCCCCCCGGCUAUUUACACCCGGGGAAACGCAAGCAUUAGCGAAGUCUAAAGUUCAUAAAAUAUCACGGGCGUGACCAACGAACUUGAGUAGGUGGUCAUCCUCACUGAUCUCAAAAAUAUUGCUGAUUGCUUGUAGGAGUGGGAUAAGCAAGAUUUCAAUUUUAAAAGACAUAUAUCGGCAAGUGUAGUUUAGUUGAAUGAACAUUUCAAAAAUUUCACGAAGUGUUUCAAGUUAAAUUUUACAUUAAAUCAAAGCUCACAAAAUGCAAAAUAAUAUACCUACAGUGUAUAUUUCGGAACCUUAUUGUUGUAUAGUUAAAAGUACGAAUCUUUCAACUAUUUUGCAGUUUUGUACAAAAAUAUGAAAAAAUUUAAGAUAUUGUGUUGUCAUGGCAACACUUGAGCGUGAGCCUGCGCUCAAGUGUCGGCCAUUUCUGAAUACUUCAUGUUAAUGUAAUGUUUGGAAAAUAUUGGCGAGGGGUUACUGCAUGCAUUUCUAGUUCCUAUUAUGGAUUACAAACUGCAGAAUUGCCUGUCGAUUUACUCAUAGAAUGAUCACUUGGACAAAAUAAUAUUGUUGCGCAAAUAAGUGGUGUGAAUGUACUCAUCUGGGAUGAAGUUUCUAUGUCCAGUCAAUGACUUUUUGAGUUGGUUAACGCAUUGCACAAUCAUUUAUUGGACAACACAUGCGUUCGGAAGAAUUCAAGUGAUAUUGGUCGGCAAUUUUCGGCAGUUAAAACUGGUAAGAAAUCUGUUAGACAAAGGAGAUCCAAUCUACGAAUCUAAACUUUUCGACGCUGUGUUCCGUCACAGAAUAGAACUACCAAAGAUUCUUAGGCAAGAUUAUUCAGAGUGGAAGUUACGAACUGCGUUAGACAAGUUACAAGCAGGAGUGUGAUGAUGGAACGAUAUUUUAGUUCAUUAAGAAGGGACUUAAGUGACGCCAUUGCACCUCUACUUUAGGAAGCUGCCAGUCGAUCUUCACAACCAAGACAUUCUGGCGCGCAUACCUGGCCUGCUGUUAAUAUUCAAAAGCAGAGAUAGUGGACAUACCCAGUUGCUCGAAAAUUCUAUAGAUAAAGUGAUAGCCCUGAAAGCCGGAUGCAAGGUUAUGCUACUCUUCAACAUCAACAAGCACCUAAACAAUGGGAACCAAGGAGUAUUUCUCGGAACAGAUCCCAAUUCUGCCAAUGGUGAAGAUCAACGUCUUGUCGCUUUCCCCAAUAGUGGAACUGUUAAGAUCGAGCGAAAGACAUGGAGCAGAUACGAUUCCAACGGUGCUGUGGUUGGAACUCUGACACAUUUCCCACUGAGAGCCCAAGGCUUAUGCAAUGACAGUGCACAAGGCUUAACCCUCGAUGCAGCAGUCGUUAAUUGUGCACAAGAGUUUGUGUCAGACCACACAUACGUAGUCUUGUCGCGGGUCAGAAAGUAAACGUGACUUCAAGUCUUAAAUUUCAAGCGAUGAUUUCUAAUUCAACCUCCGGAGAAAUUAAAAACAAUGACAGCAAGUAGUGACAGUGAUGUGGUGUUUGAUCAAGCGUUUUCGUGUUGCAGGAAGAACGAAUUAGGUGAUGAAAUGCUCAGAUGUGAACGAGAAAGCAACGAGGCAAAAGGUAACAACGAAGAUGUUGUGGGGAGCGACGGUGAAGUCAUUGCUAGUGAGUUCUACAAGUCGAACACUGGCGUUCAAGUCAAUCUGGAAGAUGUUUUCUUUUUCAUGUGUGCGGAAUUUCAGACGCAAUUGUCAUUUUUGCCAACACGUUUCUCAAUUCAAGAGUUUUUGGAAAGUGUGAUCAGUGAUGUGCAUGACAAUAUGUAUAGCGUAUCGAUUAAAUCUGCAGCAAGGUAUGGUAUUGAUCAUCUAGAUCUCUUUGACCUGCUGGCCCUAUUCGAGUCCUAUGUUUCCAAAAAUGGGGAAUCAGUUCACAUGACUAAUAGUAACUUCACAUACGCAGCAGCCAAGAUGCAUCAGCUUUUUGUAACUAACAAAUACCAUAGUGACAUGAUCAGUGCCUUUUCGGUCAUUUUCUGGUCCGAAUUAAGUGAUGGGCAAAGAACUUUGGGUGCCCAGUUGGUCUUUCAAUUAUUCCAGCUAUUCACCAAUGAGUUGGGCAACAUGAUACGCAAUAAGGAGUCGCAACCAAUAUCAUUCAAUGUCAGCAACAUGGGUCCUGAUGGAAGGGCAAAGAUUUGUUACAUUGGUGGAUGGGCCAUACGAAAAGUUAUCCAAAGAUCACGAAGGUAAUUAAUUUUUUUCAUUUAGAUAGCAAUAAAGAAAAAUUAUGUAUGCUAUUAACGUUGGAAUGAAAAUAUCACUCCAAAUUUGUCACUUAUCUAACAUAUACAGAUAUCUUAUAUGUAAUAUAUUCUUUUUUCAGGUAUUUGUUAGACAACAAAUCAUCUCAAAGCUCGCAUGUAAGAAGAACGCUGAAAACGAAUUGAUGAAAGUUGAAAUCCUACAGGAUAACAUUGUGGCCCUUACGAACACCUAGAACGGACCUCCUCAACCCUAGAUGCUACUGCAGUCACAGAGUCACUACAAUUUCGAGAAAGAGGUCUCCUUCAUAUAAGCGAUUCUGCCUUCAAAUUCUUUCUAGCCUUGGAACAAGAAAAACUUAACCGAAUUAACAUGGAGAAACUACACUUGCACAAAACAGAUCUCGUUGACGAAGCACUUAUGGAAGUAUUGCAACACAAACAUCCUCAGCAGAUGUUUUUUAAACUAUUUGAUGCCGCAGAUGAUGAUUCGGUGAGCAACAAAUUUAUUGGUAAUAGCUGCCUUGCCCCCAGGCGCUAUAAAACAAUGUCAUAUACAAGUCACUAUAUAAAAGGUUUACAUGAGGUAGUGCAUUGCAUUAUAGGCACACAAAGGGCGAUGGGUUUAAACCCCUGGGCUUGUUCGUCGCAAUGCACUACUUCAUGUAAACCUUUCAUAUAGUGACUCGCAUGAAAUUGUUUUAUUAGCGCCUGGGGACGAGGCAGUUGGUAAUAGCAUAUUAAUUUGCAUUCAACAGUGAUUCUUGAAAAUCCUGCACGUUCCUCUACAAUGCUUGGCCAGCGCUUGAAAAAGAAUCACCGCAUGAAAAAGACCUCACCUAUGUAAUUAUACUAAAAUUAGAUGCAGAAUCUAAGAACUAUUGUAUAGAAACUGAUCUUGGAAAUAUACAAGGAAGUAGUGACACGUUUCAUAAAAAUGGGUGCUGGUCAGUUUCUGUGCGACUUCAGGAGGGAUUACGACCUACAGAAGUCUCUGGCCAACAGAAAGUCUGUGCUGGUAAGAAAAGAGAAAUUAUGCAAGAAGCAAAUGAAAGUACAUUUACCUGUGAUUAGUCAUCACAGGAGUCCCGGAAAGAAGGUUUUGCACACAAAACUGUUAUCCCUUGCUCAGGAAGUCAAAGAAGAAGGAUUUGUCUCAUUAUACAAGAAGGAACUACAGUUAUUGUGCAAAUGCUAUGCAGUUGCAUUCCUUUCAAAAUGGAACAAGAGGUUGGCAUCUGCACUAGUCGCAGAAAUCAAUCAACACGAACACAUGCCACGUCAUGAAGAAAUAUCAUUUUAUUCCGUUAAAAUUGUUAGUGAUUGCCAAAGAGUGGACAAAAUUCCAAUUUUAAGAGUUCGUCGACAUUGAAGUUUGAUCAUGUAGAUAAGUUAAAAAUAAGAAUACAUUUAAUAUGUCAUAUAUGCAGUUGCGUAAUGCAACCCCCGGAGGCCCCCAUCAAAUUCUUAAGUGGGGGCCCUAAAACAUUUUUGAACCAUACUCAUUGAAAAAGGAGGAAAAAAAUUUUCCGGACUGUGACAUUUAAAGAAAUUGUCAGAAAAAUCCCCCCCCUUCUAUGUCUGAGGCUUGGGGUGAGGCUGAGAGCUAUGGUCAUUUUUGCCCCCUGUUUCUGGAAACCCGGACCCAGUUAUGCCACUGCAUAUAUGUACAAAAUAAAAUACACAGAUUUGUGCUAUGGGUUUCAAUGCGUGUUCCACAAGGCAAUCUUUUGUGUAACUUGCAAAGAAAAAACAAUCUUAUAUGUUCUAUACAAUUUGCUUAAUUUACAAUUUGAUUAAUUUUACAUUUAGUGUAAGUAACAGUCCAGGUGUUUUAGUCUUGGUUUCUGUGCGUUUUCUCCCAAAAUAUGAUCUUUUGGCAAAUUAGUGAAGGACACUUCCUUGUGUAUCCUGUGUUGCAUUCGGUUUACCAUUGUUUGACCAAAUAUCACCCAAUUCUGUGUUGCCUGGACAAGUCGAUACGAGGGAUUGUCAGGGCUGCCAACUCUCCCUGAUUAUCCGGGAGUUUCAAGAUUUUGGACCUAAUCUCCCAGUCUACAGAUUUUGUCUUAAUUCUCCCGGAUUAGGACAAUCACCAACGUCGAUUUAUGCACUAGCCAUUUGAUUCUUCGUUGUCAAAGGUUUUAACAAUAAAAAUUAUUUGCAUUGCACAUUAGAACUUCGUUUUGAUGGAAAAAUAAAAUUAUUUCCCUGCUGCCUGCGUUGUUUUUAAUCAGUGGUCAAAAUGGCGCCAUUUUCCGUAAACACUUCAUCUUACAGGGAUUUUUUUUACCCGUAUUGACGCCAUUAAAGAUGUCGAUAUUUUAUUAAACUAGUACAUAAUAUGUGAAACUUGAAAUCAACUGUUAUUUGUGUCGAUAAUGAAGUUUGACAAUAAACCAGUGUAUAUAUCUAUAUACCGGCAGGUAUUUACAACUGCAUAGUUGGCUUUUCGAUAAUGACGUCAUUUCCGACGUGACAUCAUCGAUUUCAAUGGAAUAUCAAUUCUCCAGAUUUGAAAACUUCCAGGGUUGGCAGCCCUGGAUUGUCAUUUUGCCUGUUAGCGCCCCGUAAUUGACAGAAGUGACUCUCUAAAACAUCUUGGUUGACAAUUGCUAGCUUGAUAAACGAUCCUGUAAAUCGUGCUAGUUUAAUCUUUACCAAUGAUGUGAAGCCAAGGACCAUUGAUUGGAUGUCAAACCAAAGUUUAUACGAGAUGAACUCUGAUUCGGCUAACACAAAGAACACCAAGUAACUUAGACAAUCUGAAUAUCGAAGAACACAGAGUAACUUAGACAAUCUGUGGUUGCUCGUGUCAUAAAUGACAUGUUUAUCUGUGAAUAGCUUGACAAUGAAACUGGUGUGUCCCAGGAAAUCAAUUGUGGCACUUAAUUGUGGUACUCUUUGUUAAUUAAAGCGAGGUGGUUUUGAUAUGCCUGAAUUAAACAAGUAUACAGCUAUUUCAUUUAAGGUUGUUCCCGAGGAAAGCGGAAAAGUCUAACACGAGUGAGAUAAAGCCUUGCUGGAAAUCGCUAACAAAAUCAUUAAUUUUUUAGCAAUUCCCUGUAAGCCUUUCGCGGUUGUAUUCGACUUUUCCACUUUCCUCAGGACAACCUUAAUUGAAAUAGCUGUAUGUAAUUUAAAGUAAUAUUGAAGGAACUAAUCGAGUGAAGAAGCUAAUUGUAAUAUACGCUAUAAUGCUGUAGAGAGGGUGUAAUGUGUAACCCUAUUAAGAUACAAUCAAUGCAUAUUAACUAAUGAAUAAGUUGUUGCAAUUAUAAUCGGACAUUAAUAGCAUACAGAACAAUGCACAGGAACAAUAAGUACUAUAGUUCUACUGUACCUUCACAAGUAUCAACAUUUUCCUGUCUAAGACAUCUUCAGCCAAACUGUUCCGCAUUUGCGAAUUAGGGUUAAGUUGGAAGUGAUCCUCCGUCAACUUCUCGUGCACUGGACACAAAUUAUUUUGUUCAUCCCAUGCGUAGGCAUCCUUCCAAUGCGACCAAAAAAUGUUUUGGCCACCCACUGUCAAUUUUCUUGUUGAUCCACUUCUGGAACUUUUUUCGACAUUGUUUCGGAUUUUCUUUACAUUGUGCUGCAAAUAAAUGACAAUUUUUAAGAGUCAAUGGACGAUACUAUCCAAUAUUGACUAGUUAUUUGUGCACACAACUACAGUAUAGGUUGUCAAUUAACGUGACGUCACAACUACACUGUUUUCAACUUAGAACCACCUUAAAUGGAAAGGAUUUCAAGUUUGGUUCUCACAGGCUAUGGUCAGAGGAGCAUAGUAGAUUCAUUAUAUAAUAGUUAUUUUUUCUGAAUCCGUAUGCCAAAGUGCAAAUUUUGACUUUGAAGUAAAGCAUAUUUUUUGCAUGCAAAAAAUUGUCCAAGUUUAAAAUUCUGUAAAAUACUCAAAGUCAGUCCAAAUUCAAAAGUUUACUACUACUAGAAAUGCAGCAAAAUUAUCAUUCUUUCUUUAGAUGCAAAUGGCUUUUGUUUGAAAUAAAACAAGAAUUUUUUUCUGAUAUGUGUUGAAACGGUCUCAAUUACUCAAAUCAUGAUCGUUGAGCGUAUAAACACAAAAUUGCAUUUUCCUCCUAAAAUAAAAAUCUAAUAGACUUUUUAGCAUUUUUCCCAUUCAUAGCCCUACGUUUGGGCAUUAUUCGUUAAAUAAAGAUUCUAUCUAUAUAGAUAUCUAUCUAUGCAUGCAUGGAGUUAACUUUGAAAUUUUUUGUUUACCAUUAUAGUCAAGGUUCUCAUGUGGAAAACCAUCUCAAAUCGCUGAAUAUUUGAUGUUUGUUUGCAAUGACCUGCUGUCAGGGAAAGUUGCCAGGCCCUCAACAUUACAGAAACUGGAGACCUAUGUAGCAAAAGAAAUUCAAAAGAAAAAAGAAUCGGUGUGAAUUUCUAAAUGCAAAGAGCUUUUGGCUAUCUUUGAUGAGUACAAUUGUAUGGCGUACUAGCCAUGAAUAGUUAUUCACAUUACACUUAAUACUGUAAAACCUUGGCAAUAAGUUAUACAAGAUAAUCAGUGGUAUUUUAUAUAAAAUAUAAGGCAAAAUGACUGGUGAAUUGUUGCAAAGAUAUUAACAUUAAUAUGUGCUUCUUUGUACCAAAUUUUGGUUAAGUAUAACCUCAGUGUGCUUAAUAAAAGAAGAGCUUUCUUUAAUUCUCUCCUGUGCUACUAAGGUGUUUUUCUGCUGCUCCAGUUCCCCUCCGUUACUUUUAAAGGCUCCUUUAUUAUUUCAUGAAACAAAUUUUGUUCAUGUUAGUUACCUAAGUGUAUACUGCUUAUUUUAUAACUAUUUUAUUACUCUUUUCAGAUUCUGACAUGGUUGCAUCCCACCCCAACAGUUAAAGAUGCUGCUGGGAAAAAGUGCCAGCUAUUGGAAUAGCAUAAGAUGUUAUCGAAUCAUUUACGGACAUUUCCCAUACAGUAAGUUAGACACAAAAGAUAUUUGCGAUAAUAGUUUAUAGUAUACAGCUAUAUGAAUUAAGGUUGUCCCAACUUGUCCCAGAGCAAAGCGGAAAAGUUGAAUACCAGUGCAAAAGGCUUCCCAGCAAAGCCUUUCAUGCACAUAUUUGACUUUUCCACUUUUAAUUGAAAUAGCUUCAUGUAUAUUGUCUACAGAUUUAUCAAUAUUAAUUAUGCAUAGUAAUGAGGACAAAUUUAGUGAUGUCUAGGAAAUGCUCCUCCCAACUGUCGUGAGCGGCGGUUGUGUGCUUGAGAGCUCUGAUUAUUUUAUUUUUGAGCUCAAACGUUAUUAUAUACAUAAUGCCUGAUACAAUAACAUCUCUAAAGAAAGAAAACGAUGCUCUUAAACGAGAAAUUGAAUCUUUAAAGACGAAUUUUGGCAAACUACAAGAAAUGAUGGAACGCCAUGAAGAACCAGUGAAGCAAGACGGCCCGAGUAAAAUUUUGCAAACUCAAAUCCACACCUUACAAACUAGCCUUCAGUUUCUAAGUGAUAAAUACGAUUCUGAGAGUACUUCUAAAGCUGAAAUGAAAAAGGAAAUGAACAAACUAAGCUCAAAAUUGGCAGAAAUAGCCAUCAAAGUCGACCACGUUGGCGAUGCGCUUGAGCAACUUCAGGAAUAUAGUUAUCAGUAUAACAUUAAAAUUCUUGGCCUUUCAGAGCGAAGCGAAAGGGAAUCGGCGAUUGAAACCAGCUCAAUGUGUGUAGAUCUUUUUAAAUCGAUCGGAGCUGAUGUAAACCUUAGCGACAUUGAUAUCGCUCAUCAUGUCCCCAGUAGAAGACAAGAUGGCAAACCGCGUCCGAUAAUCUGCAAAUUUGCUCGUCGAAUUGCAAAAGAGAUUGUGAUGAAUCGACAAAGCGAAACCUCUAAAGUCAACUCAUCCGUACGAAUGUUCGACCAUUUAACUCCGAAAAAUCAGCAAAUUUUAUUCGAAGCGAGAUCAUUUAAAGAAAGAAACGAUUAUCAAUUUUGCUGGACAAAGAACUCUGUUGUUUAUUUAAGAAAAAAUCCUUCCUCCCGCGCUAUCAGAAUAAAAGAUGUUGAAGAUCUUCAGAGAUUAAACGA